CAGACAAAAGAGAGGUGUCAGUCGCAUUGAGUUUGAAGAGAAGAUCGUUGUGAGGAGGAAUUUGGGCCGUAGCUAUGAGGGUGGGAGCUGCAGCCUUGGCUGGGGGGAUAUUCGGGUCACUGGGGACCAUGUGUUUCUUCCUGGCCUUUGGGACAGACUACUGGUUGGUGGCCAGUGACAACUGUGGACCUUACACAUGGCCCACAAUGAAAGAAAACAAUUCCAAUUGGACUGAGUUUGUAAAUGCAGUCGACGUGUCUCCUGCUUCCCUCACCCUCCACCAUGAAGGCUUUUUCUGGCGCUGCGUGUUCCAGGUAGAGCCUGCUGCAGAUGCAGUGCUGGCAACUCUCUUCACCAACCAACCAGAAUCCAAGGUGUGUGUCCAUGGCUACCUCUUCCCACUACCAGUUACACUUGGCCCAGUACCUCAUCCCUUCUAUGACGCGACAGCAGUUUUCAGAGGUUUCUGGACAGUCUUCAUAAUCCUGGCAUUGGUCUCAGCUCUGACUGGGAGCUUCCUCCUGGUCUGCGGGGUCCCUUUUAUCAGCCAUAAACUCUACAAGCUUGGAGGAGCCUUUUUCAUCAUUGCUGCAUGCUCGUUCCUCUUCGUUUUGCUGCUCUUCGUGCUGUGGAUGGAAGUGGUGGACGUGAAACGUUACAUCCUCCAGGAGAGAGGCGAGACAUGUUCUGAUGGCCAAGUUUCAGUAUUCUAUGGCCUGUCGUUUAUGGUGGCUGCAGCCGGCGUCCCCCUGGAGCUCGUGUCUGGGCUAGUCUUCAUGCUUGUGGGCCGAGCGCUGCUUGCCAACAAGUGAGCAGGCCAUCUGGCAUACAUGCAGGGGGUGACGCAACUGACCUUUUUAUAUAUCCUGCACGAGGACUGAGCAGCUAUUCUUGCAAAAUGUCGUCACCUUUCUGUGGAGGUACGACAACAGAGACGCACGUUGGAAAUAAAGUAUAAUGUUAUUAUAGCUCAAAAUAACAACAAUCUACAUAAGGACAAAUUUGCCUCGGAUUUGAUGAAAUUGAAAAGAUAUAUACAGUUUAUACGCAUCUGUACAUUUUUA